CACCUUUCUCCACAAGGCAACCGACAGGAGGCAUGAGCUGCAGAGCCCCAGGAGCGGAGCAAGGACUCCAGACAGCUCCAUGGCGGAAUGGGGCUCGGCCUCUCCGGCCGGGUGAGCUGCCCGAGCUGCCCGGUGGCAGGACAGGUGGGGAAACUGAGGCACAGAGCGAGCCAGUGACGCACCGAAGGAGCUGGUGGUAGUUGGUCCUCCCAUAGUGAAUAAAGUGCUCGUGUGGCAGAAUCCUUACUGGUGACUAACGCCCCAGCCCGUUGUCACCCACCAUAGAAACACACCUCAGCCCACGCUGAGUCCUUCCCUCGCCCGGAGCCGAGGCAACCGAGUCCACCAUGCAGAGGACACGGCGGGUCUUGCUCCCUCAGCUCAGUCCGCGGAGGCUUGCGAGCGAGGUCGUGCGUUCAAGCCCCCACUGAGGAGCUGUUCCAGGUGGUCACCAUGGAUGGUGCAAGGGGCCCCGGGGGGAAAUUCCAAAUUUCGCCAUCCAGCAGAGUUUGCAAUGAUUUACCCAGAGCUGUGAUGCAAAGAGGGGCGUUAUCAGCAAGGCCCCUGGGGGCGGGGGGCUAUAUAGACAGGGUUCAUGCCAGCAUCAGCCAGGGUCUAACUAACACGAAGAGCAGCAGAGCAGACAGGCCGGCUCCAGGAUGGAUUCCAGUGGGACCCUCAGCAUCCUCCUGGCAAUGUGCAUCAUGGGCUUGUUACUGCUCUCAACCCGGAAGAAGAAAAGCUGGCGCAACCUGCCGCCCGGGCCGCCCCCCGUCCCGUUCCUGGGGAACAUGCUGCAGGUGGAGGUGAAGGAGCUGAUAAAGUCUCUGCGGAAGCUCAGCGAAACCUACGGCCCGAUCUACACCUUUCACCUGGGCUCCCGGCCCUGCGUGGUGCUCUCUGGGUACAAGGUGCUGAAGGAAGCCCUGAUCGAUAAGGCCGAGGAGUUCAGCGGCAGAGGAGCCUUCCCGGCAGUGCAGAUGUGGAGUCACGGGAAUGGGAUUGUCUACGGCACCGGGGAGCGGUGGCGGCAGCUGCGCCGAUUUGCCAUCACCACCUUCAAGAACUUCGGCAUGGGGAAGAGGAGCAUGGAGGAGCGGAUCAAGGAGGAGGCCCAGUACCUGGUGUCCGAGUUCCGGAAAACAGAAGGCAAAGCCUUUGACCCCACCUUCUUCCUGAGCUGCGCUGGCUCCAACAUCAUCUGCACCCUGGUCUUCGGGGAGCGUUUCGAAUACACCGACGAGACGUUCCUCACUCUGCUCAACUUGAUCAACAGCAACUGGAAACUCAUGAGCUCCACCUGGGGGCAGUUGCUGUUCACGUUCCCCAAGAUCAUGAGACACGUCCCCGGGCCCCACAGGCAAAUCUACAAGAACUACCUGAAGCUGGCGGCUUUCGUGGGCGAGCAGCUGAAGAUGCAUAAAGAGAUCCUGGAUCCCAACAACCCGCGGGAUUUCAUUGACUGCUUCCUCAUCAAAAUCCAGCAGGAAAAGAACAACCCCAACACACACUUUAACGACGAGACGAUGUCUAAAACCACCGUGAACCUGUUCUUCGCCGGGACGGAGACCGUCAGCUCCACCUUGAGAUACGGGCUCCGCAUCUUACUCCGACACCCUGAGAUAGAAGAGAAGCUGCACGAGGAGAUCGACCGGGUGAUCGGCCCCCACCGCAGCCCCUGCAUGGAGGACCGGAGCCGGAUGCCCUACACGGACGCCGUCCUCCACGAGAUCCAGCGCUUCGCGGACAUCGUCCCCAUGGGCGUGCCCCACACCGUCACCCGGGACAUUCAGUUCCGCGGCUACACGCUGCCCAAGGACUUGAACAUCAUCCCGCUGCUGUGCACGGCCCAGGCUGACCCCACCCAGUUCAAGAACCCCACCUGCUUCGACCCCUCCCACUUCCUGGACGAGAACGGGCGCUUCCGGAGGAACGACGCCUUCAUGGCCUUCUCGGCAGGGAAGCGGGUCUGCUUGGGCGAGAGCUUGGCCCUCAUGGAACUGUUCAUCUUCCUCACCGCCAUCCUGCAGAACUUCACCCUCCAGGCCCUGGUGGCGCCCGCGGAGAUCGACAUCACGCCCGAGUCCAGCGGCCUGGGGAGCAUCCCGCGGCCCUACCAGUUCUGCCUCUUUCCCCGCUGAGCUCCGCCUCCCAGCCCCCCCCGGCUGCUCCCCCCCUUCGCUCCCCAAUAAAGUGACCUGCCUUUCGCCA